CGACUGGCAAGCAAUAUGCGUGGUCUGAUUGGCCACCCCUCCCCCAACUCGGAAGUUGCGUGUGAUCUGCUGCUGCCUGCCAGUGCUCGGAAGAUGGCGGGUGUGUUUGAGGUGGAAGUUGAUGGGGUUCAUCACGAUCACGGGGGCCAUGAAGACGACAAGCAGAUUGACAUGUCCCAGCUGUCAUCAGAAGAGAGGUGGAGGCUGGAACAUGCACGGAUGCACGCCAAACACCGCGGCCACGAGGCAAUGCACGCUGAGAUGGUCCUCAUUCUGAUCGCCACCCUGGUGGUCGCUCAGCUCCUGCUGGUGCAGUGGAAACAAAGGCACCCUAAGUCCUACAAUCUGGUGACCCUCUUCCAGAUGUGGGUGGUGCCGCUCUAUUUCACAACCAAACUGCACUGGUGGAGGUUCCUGAUCACCUGGCUGCUGUUCUCCACAAUCACAGCCUUCGUGACCUUCCGAGCGACCCGCAAGCCUCUGGAGGGCACCACUCCCAGACUGGUAUACAAAUGGUUUUUAUUGCUCUACAAGAUGAGCUAUGCCACUGGGAUCGUGGGCUAUUCUGCUGUCAUGUUUACCUUGUUUGGCGUUAAUUUAAUAUUCAGAAUAAAGCCAGAAGAUGCGAUGGACUUCGGCGUUUCACUCCUCUUCUAUGGUCUCUAUUAUGGAGUAUUGGGGCGGGACUUUGCUGAAAUGUGUGCAGAUUUCAUGGCUUCCACUAUAGGGUACUACAGUGCAUCCGGCAUGCCCACCAAGCACCUGUCUGAUGCCAUCUGUGCCGUGUGUGGGCAGCAGAUCCUGGUGGAUGUGAGUGAGGAGGGCAUCAUUGAGAACACAUUCAGACUGUCUUGUAACCAUGUAUUCCACGAGUUCUGUAUACGAGGCUGGUGCAUUGUGGGAAAGAAGCAGACCUGCCCCUACUGCAAGGAGAAGGUGGACCUCCAGAGGAUGUUCAGCAACCCCUGGGAGAAACCUCAUGUGAUGUAUGGGCAGCUGUUGGACUGGCUGCGUUACCUGGUCGCCUGGCAACCAGUGAUCAUCGGCCUUGUUCAGGGAAUUAACUACGUCCUGGGACUGGAGUAGAAGGUGAUCCCAGGAGGACACACGACUGGUGGUUACUGUAUCUUCAAGAUAUAGGCUGCGAGAAAGAAAUCAGGAGGCUCAUCUACCAGGAAACAGCAGCAGACAUUGGUGGAAAAUAGGAAAACAUAAUAAUGAACUAGAAUAUAAAUAUAUAUGUACAUAAAUAUAUAUUUAAAAGAAGAAUGUUUGGCUAGUGAUUUUACCAGCAACUUGGUUUCAUAUUUGUUUGUUUGUUUGGUGUAAUUUUUUUUUUUUUUUUUUUUUUUUUUUUUUUUAUAUAUACAGAUAAUGGUACUGAACUUAUUCGUAUAGGAAACUUUUAUUAAAAGUUUGCCAGAGUCUUUGAAAUAACUGCACAUUUGUCACAAUUUGUUUUUAAACGUGGAUAUCCAUCCUACAUUUCUGGGGGAAAAAAACCACUUGGCCCUCUAUCCACCUCGUAUUUAAUGAACCCACUGGGUUGACAGUUACCCAAGGUAAGAUAAGGUAGUCAAAUCUUUUGCUUAUCAGGGUCUGUGAAACCAGCUGGAAGUGCAAAAUUAGUAAAAUUAACCUUCAAUGCAGUAAUGUUUGUUUCUUACUAAAAUGUGUGUAUAAAAUAAUGAAAAUUGAAACCAUUGGUGUAAAUCUGCGGAAUACCAUUUUAAGUAUCAAACACAUUUUCAAUAAAAAAGUAGACUUGAUUUAGUGUU